AUGAUUUCUAAGAUUCUGAUAUUGCUUCUCUUGCUAUCCAUAACCGUGACAGUAACAGUAACAGUAGCAGCAUCUUCAUCUUUCAUCUUCAAUGGAUUCCGUUCAAGAGACCUGGAGCUCGACGGCUUAGCUGAAAUAACAUCCAAUGGCGUCCUGAGGCUGACAAACGACACACAUCAGAAAACGGGUCAUGCUUUCUUUCCCAAACCAGUCACCUUCAAGGUCACCCCAAACGGCACCGUUUCUUCCUUCUCCACCAUAUUCGCCUUCACCAUCAUAUCGGACAUCCCGAACCUGGGCGGCCACGGCAUCGUUUUCGUCAUUGCUCCAACGAGCAGAGGUCUAACCGGAGCUCGUCAGAGCCAGUACCUUGGCCUUUUCAACGAGUCCACCAUUAAAGACAACGCCGCCAACAAAGUCGUCGGCGUCGAGUUCGAUACGGUCUGCAACGCUGAGUUGGCAGACAUCGACGGCAACCAUGUGGGGAUUGACAUUAAUGAUUUAAGAUCGGUUCAAGCUAAAUCGGCGAGUUAUUUCGACGAAAAAAAAGGAAGGUUUGAGAACUUAUCUCUUAUAAGUGGUAAACCAAUGAAAGUAUGGAUGGAAUAUGAAGCUGUUAAGAAGCAGAUGAACGUCACUUUAGCCCCGGCCAAAGCUGUUAAACCCCGAAAACCGCUUUUAUCUUUGAACAAAGAUCUUUCACCGUUCAUAAAGGACACCAUGUAUAUAGGUUUUUCUUCCUCAACUGGGACUCUUAUGAGUAAUCACUAUGUUCUGGGUUGGAGUUUUGAGAUUAAUGGCGAAGCUCAAGAGCUUGACUUCUCCAAACUCCCGAAGCCUCCUCGAGUCGGACCUAAACCAAAAUCCAAGCUUUUGACCAUUGGGUUACCGGUUAUUUGUUCGAGCUUGGUGGCUCUAGUGAUCUCGAGUUUAGUUUAUUUCGUUAGAAGAAAGAGAAAAUUUGCAGAACUAAUUGAAGAUUGGGAGCUCCAAUAUGGACCCCAAAGGUAUAAAUUCAAAGAUUUGUAUAUAGCCACGAAGGGUUUCCAGAACAGCGAUUUAUUGGGUACUGGAGGAUUUGGUAGAGUCUAUAAAGGAGUAUUACCCUCCAAAACGGAGAUCGCUGUGAAAAGAAUCUCUCACGAAUCAAGACAAGGUAUGAAAGAAUUCGUGGCUGAAAUCACCAGUCUCGGUCGACUCCGGCAUCGGAACGUGUUAUCCCUUUUGGGCUAUUGUCGCCGGAAAGGUGAGCUUCUUUUAGUCUACGAUUACAUGCCCAAUGGCAGCCUAGACAAGUACCUAUACGACAACCCAAAAAUGACACUAAAUUGGAACCAAAGAUUUUGGGUCAUAAAGGGAGUUGCCUCAGGUCUAUGCUACCUCCACCAUGAAUGGGAACAAGUCGUCAUCCACCGUGACGUGAAAGCCAGUAACGUACUACUUGACGACGAGUUAAACGGCCGGUUAGGAGACUUCGGCUUAGCUAGAAUGUACGAACAUGAAAGCAAUCCACAGACAACCCAAGUCGUUGGCACACUCGGGUACCUCGCCCCGGAACAUGCCCGAACCGGGAAGGCCACAACGAGCUCUGACGUCUUUGCAUUCGGAGCUUUUCUGCUCGAAGUGGCAUGCGGACGACGACCCAUUGAAGGGAGAGGGACGAGGACGGAGGAGAUGAUUUUGGUGGACUGGGUUUUCUCUUGUUGGAGCAAAGGAAGAAUUAUUGAGGCCAUGGAUUCGAAUCUGUUAGAAUCAAAUUCUAACGUUAUAGAGGAGGAAGUGGAGUUAGUAUUAAAUCUGGAGUUGUUUUGUUCACUUUCAGAACCGGAGGUGAGACCGAGCAUGAGGCAAGUGGUUUCGUUUUUGGAGAGAGAUGUACCGCUGCCAGACUUUUCAACGAUGGGGCUAACGGCGGCAGGCUUAACAUUCGCGCAUAAAGAAGGGUUUGAUGAUUUUGCGGUGUCGUAUCCGUCGUCUACUGCGUAUUACACUCAGGCGUCAUCGUAUUCUACGGCUGAGUCCCUCGUCUCUGGUGGUCGAUGGGAUGUCUUUGAAUCAUAAGCUUAAAGUGAUUUGAUACUUUUAUUUUAUUUUUUGGCUAUGUAAUAAGCCUGUGUUUUUUUUUU